AUGCCACCAAAAGGUUGGAGAAAAAAUGCUGAUGGACAGUAUCCACAACCAAGCAGUAAAGAAAAUGAGUUGAUAUCAAUUGAUGAUAUUUUGUUUCCCAGAACUACCAUUCAAAAACUAGCCAAGAAUAUAAUAUCUGACGACGAAAAUAAUGCUGGUCAAAUGACGAUAGCCAAAGAUUCUCUUCUUGCCUUACAACGAUCAGCUACAGUAUUCGUUUCUCACUUGUUGUUUCAAGCUAAGCAAAUAUCCAAAGAAGCAAAUCGGAAAACUGUCUCGGCACAAGACAUGUUGGCAGCAUUAGAAAGAGCAGAAUUUAGUGGCUUUAUACCCGAAGUAAAACAAAAACUUAGUGUUUUCGAAGCUAAUGUUGCUUCGAAGAAACAAUUGAAAGCUGCUAAACCAAUUUCGACUGAAGAGGGAGAAAAGAGUGUGUCAAAGAAACCAAAACUUGACAAUGAAAGUAUGGAAAUUGAUACUGAAGAUGGCGAUGGUGGAAAAAAUGCUAGUCGUGGAGAUGAUGAUGAUGAUGAAGACGAUGAAGAAAAUAGUACCGAUGGCAAUGAAGAAGACGAUGAGAAUUCAAAACAGGAUAUAGAGCAUGAAGACGAGCAAGAUGAGGAUGAAGACGACGAUAAUGAUGAAACCGAAGAAGAUGUUUCCAAUCCGAUAUCAGCAUUGGCCAAAGAAGAGCAAGAGCUACAAGGAGUAGAGACUGAAACUGAAGCUGAAAACAAACCAGACUCUUCAGAAACCGAAGAAGAAGAAGAAGAGGAAGAAGAAUAA